AUGCAUUUCAAAAUCAAUGAAAAUUUUGCUAAAAACUAUAAUAAAUAUCGUCAAAAAGAGGAGUACGAAAAGCUUAAAGCUAGACACGGUGAUGCUAAGCUUAAAGAUACUAAAUUAUUCAAGAAAACAGUAGAUUAUGACAAAGAAACGAUUAAAACAGAGCCGACAGCUUCAGCCUUAGAUGACGAAGAAGAUGAGUCUACAUCAUCGAGUUCUUCUUCUUCUUCGGAUUCUGAUAAUGAAAGUUGGGAAGAGAAAGAACAGGAAGACUUUUUAACUUUAUAUCAAGCAUUAUGCACUAAUGAUCCAGCUCUUAAUGAUCCAAAUAAACAAUGGUUUCGUGAUCCUAAUGCUUCGAGUGAUAGUGUUGGUGAUGAUGAUGAUGAUGAUAAAUCUGGUGUAGAUGAAGCAUCUGAGACAGAAAUUCAUGAAGGCACUGAUACACAACACGAGAAGGCAAAGAAAUGUGCUUUAAAACUUCGUGAUUAUGAGCGUGAAUUUCUCUUGAAUAAUAACGGUUUAGAAGAUGAAAUCACUUCUCGGGAAGCUGAAAAGAUUGUUAAGAUGGAAAGUGAUGAUAUUUUAAGACAGCUUAAACAACGUUCUAAAGAUUUAUCCAAAGAGGAAUUUUUGCAAGAGGCAAAUGCAGCUCUUAAACAAGCUGCUACAACUUCAGGAGAAAAUGAAACUGAAAUUAAUGCAAAUGACGAAAAUAAUAAUUCUGAUUUAAGUUUUCUACGGAAAAGAAAAAGUGAUAUGAAAGCAUUCAAUCAAGAGGAAAAUAAAAAACGUCGUUAUGAUUUAGACAAAAUUGUUUUCACAGAUCAGUCAAAUAAAGAAGCUGAAGAAUUUCUACGUGAUUAUAUUUUAAAUAAACGUUGGCGUGAACCAACCAAGAAUUCACUGCCCACAUAUUCUGAUAUUCUGCGUAAAUCUGGUAUAAACCCUGAUGAUGAUGACCAUGGUGAUAAACCGAAAAAUUUCCUCAAUGAUGAUGAUAUCUUAGAUGAAGAUGAUGAAUUUUUAAUAAAAGUCAAUAAUUUAGAACAACAGCGUUUACAGUCCUUGGGUGUAAAUACGACGAGUGUUACUCAAAUCCACAAAACUCAGCAUCGAUUUGAAGAGGAAGAUAAAGAAUUCAUAAAAACAUAUCCCCGAUAUAUUGAAAGCAGUAUUGGUCAAACAUUGAGCAGUGUGAAAUCGAAAAGAGCUGAACAACGCAAAGCUAAAGCUGAACGUAAACGUAAAGAGAAAGAGGCGAAAUUUCAAGAGUUAACUCGUCUACGUAAUUUAAAAUUGAGUAUGUUAGCUGAAAAAAUUGAACGUAUUCAACGUACCUGUGGGUUAAACUCUUUACCCUUUAAUACAAAUGAAUUAAUUGCUAUGCAAACACCACCACAACCAACAACAACAACACCUGAUAAUGUUGACAACGAUGAUGAUAAGUUGAAGUCUUCUACGCAUCAAAUUAAAAAAUCCAACAAAAUGAUAAAUAUUUUAGAUGUUGCUGAAUAUUUAGACGAAGAUUGGAAUCCUGAAAAGCAUGAGAAAUUGUUAAAUUCAAUAUUUGGAAAGGAAUAUGAAGAAAUUGAUGAAGAUAUCAGAAAACCAGAAUUUUCAGAUGGUAGUGAUCUAGAACUCGAUGAUAUCAUACCUGAUGUAAAGAAGAAGAAGAAGAAUGAAUCGUGUCGAAAAGAUCCAUCUGAUUCGCAUGAUAUGGAUAUCCAAGAAGAAGGAGAAUGUGAAGGCGAAGAAUUAUCACAGAAGAAACAGUCUAACGGUUAUAGUUUAUCCAAAACAUUAUCCGCUAUAACAGAAACUAAUACUACCCACCAGGUCAAUAGUAAAUCAAGACGUGGUAAACAGAGACUACAUGAAGCCCUGGAGAGAAAUAAACCAGUCUUCGAUCCAGAUAAUUAUCCAGACUAUGAGAAAUACUUUGAAGAGUUUUAUCAGUUACAUUGUGAAGAUAUUAUACCUGAUCCGACUGGUGCUGAUGAAGAUAUCUACUGUCGUUUCAAAUAUCGUGAUGUAGUACCAAAUGAUUAUGGUUUAAGCGCGGAAGAAAUUUUGAAAGCUUCCACGAAAGAAUUGAAUGCAUGGGUAUCAUUGAAACGCGCCACAGCCUAUCUAUCAAAUGAAGAAGAAAUGAAGGAUAAAGACUUUUAUAAUUCUAAAUAUCAGAUGCAUCGUAAAAGUCGCAUUCUCACCUCUUUGAAUAAUCCUGAAGUUACAUGGUGGCCUAGUGAAAAAGCUGGCGAUGCUGGUGAUCAAAGUGAGCCGCUGAAGAAAAAAAAUAAACGUCGUAGAAAAAAACAGAAGAAAAUCAACUCUGAAAUUCAAGCGAUUGAGGCACCGCUGAGCGUCGACGAUGACGAUAACAACAUCAAGAAGAAUAACAACUGUAACAAUCCAGUUGAAUCAACUCCAACUAAAGAUACUGAUGGUGACGUAAAGAAACCGAAAGGAAAAGUGAAUAAAAAGCUCAGGAAUAAAUCGCAAAAGCAAGAUUCAAAAGCACUAUUCAAAUCACGUCUCCUAGCGGCGGGUAUCACUAUGAAGGAAUACUACCGGUCUAUGCAGCAUAAAGAAGAAAAACAGAAAUCUGAAGGUGUUGAGAAAUAA